AUGGUCCAUGGGCGGAGCAUUUCAGAGACGGUCAAAUCAGGAUCCUUGGACUCCUUAUUGUGCGUGAUAGUGGAAAUCUUAGAGGCAGUAUGUGAGGAAAUUCUCGGACGUUAUUCGCUCGCCGCUAUAUGUUGUGACACUUUAUCGAGAAGAUACCAAAUUGAGGAAAAUCUAUGGACCAUACGAACGCUGAAAGUGUACGUGUACACGAACGGAACAUUCAAUGCAACAUAUUUAAUCGCCUUGAGCAUUGUUAUUUUUAACAAUGAAGCGUUCUCGAAGCCGGUUUAUUAUGCUCUGAUAGAAGUUUUCAACGUGGUAUAUUUAUAUGCACUUGCACUGCCGUUAGUGCUAUGGUACAACCGGAAAGAUGUACAAAAUCAAAUUCGUUACGCUGUCGAUCGGAAUAUGGCGAUGAACUACACGCGAAUAUUUGAAGCAUUACAAUCACAUUGGAACUCGGGAGAUGUUAUUCCCCAGAAAAGGAUGGUCACUGUAGCAUCUCAACUCUUCAAGAAGAGAGUAUCAGCGUCCAAACAAUAG